AGUUGGAGAACAACAAAGAACAAGUGUCUCUUGUAUUAAUUGGAAAAAUUGGAAUACCUUAAUUGAGUCGAUUUGUACAAUUUUAACCAAUGACUCCAGACAUGAAUGUUUCAAAUGAAUUUUAAGACUUGAUAAAGAAAAAGAAUAUUUUAAUAUGAGUUGAAGAAAUAAUAAAAUAAGUUAAAAAAGGUAUUUAUAAAACUGUAUUUUCUUAAUGUUGCAGUAUACUUUACAUUUAUACUUGUAUCUACAUGCAUAUAUGUGCAUAGAUUAGUUUUCAAAAACAUAAAGAUUCUUUAAUCGUUUUGUACAUAUAUACAUUUCAUUCAGUUUAAUACUAUACACAUAAAGUUUGUUACAUGUAACGUAUUAUUACAAAAAAAAAAAAAUGAAUGUAGAAGCAACCAUCUUUGAACGAUUACAAAAAUUAAGAGAAUGGCAAUUGGAGCAACAAGAACGACUAAUGAAACAGCAACAGAUGCAAAGAGAUUUGUUAACUCAAAAGCAAGACUCUAUGUAUAAAGCACUUGAACUAUCAUUGCAAGAACUUGAUCUGGAUGAAACUGUAGAGCAUACAAAUAAUUCAAAUAAAACUGAAAUCACUGGAGAGACUGACGAUGAAGAUUUAAUUAGGAUUCAUAAUGAAUCACAAAAGGGAGAGAACCAUGCAGAAAUGAUAAAUAAUAAUGAAUCAUUUUUUCAACAACAGUUAUCUAAGAAAGAAUCACAGGAAGAAGUAAUUAGUAUUGAUAGUUAUGCAAAUGAACAAUCCAUAGGUAAGGUAAUGUUUGAUGCGAAAACUGACACAAGUUUAACAUUACUUUCUCCAAGACAUGGGAAAAGAAUAGAGGAAUUUAUCAUAGAUGGAGUGGCACCAUUACCAUCUAAUAAAACACCGAUUAAGAAUAUUUGCAUUGAUGAUAUACCAGUUCCUUCUCCAAAAAAAGAUUUCAACACAUUACUUGAAGAAAGAUUAAAAGACUGUGGAAAUAUAUCUUGUGAAAGGCCUAAUAAUAAUUCAGUAUGUAAAGUAAAAAGACCAUUUUUAAAGAAAGGAGAAGGUUUGUCCAGAUUUAAAUUAAAUAGAGAGUCACUAUUCCCUAGGAUAAAAAGUAGAUCACGCAGUGCAUCAUUUUCUACUAGUACGCAAUCUAAUUCUAAGCAUUCUACAAUCAAACCUAGAUAUAAUAAUACUACUGGAUCUUCGAGAAAUACACACUAUACAAAUUCACCACAAAGACAAUUAUGUUUAAAGAAUGUUCCAUUACCAAAAAAGAAAAUUCGUAGCAAGUCUGAGUCUAGCGCUUCGAUUAAACAGUCGGAAAAUUAUAUUAACAAAGUCAAAAGUAAAGUUGAAUUGAAUACUUCAGCUACUCAUUCAGGAACACAAGAAGAAAUGGAGGAAGUAAGAAUAUUUGAAUUGCUAGAAGAAAAAGCAGAGAAUUCUAGCUUCUGUUCUACAUCUAGUACAGUUGUUGCAUUUCUACAACAGUCAACACCAUUUAAAAAGAAAAAAGGGAGUUUUAGUACAGGAAAUCGUAUAGUUAAUAUACAACAACAUACUAGUCCAGUAAUUAAAAGUCCAAAAAGUCAGUCAGUUUUAAAGUCCAAUCAUGCUUACAUAUGUACAACUUCUAAUAAAAGCAACAACUCUUAUUGCGAUCUAAAACCACUUAUGACUCAAAAAGAGUUACACUCAUCUUUAAUGAAGAAUAAUAAAAUGGCAUAUAGUACACAUAAAAGUAUAACUCCUUUAUUAGAUGGUAAAGAAAAUACUUUGCUAAAAGAUCAAGUUCAAUCAGCACACAACGAACAAAACUGUUACGAUGUUCCUAAUGCUCAGAAUGAUGUAGACGUUAGUCUUCAUGUUAGGUUUUCUGAAUAUAACGAGUACAAAACUAUUGGAUUAACAGAUUCAUCUAGUAUAUCAACCGAGUCAUUGACAAUACAAAAUUUCUGUGAUGAAAAUGCAUGGAGCGAUCCUUUAACUUCGGAAGUAUCUGACACAGAAAUAAUGCCAAUGGCAUUGGAGGUACCACAGUCACCAAUAGCGAUACACAACAAUGAAGCAGAAUUUUCAGACACUAUUGAUCAAUCACCCGAUGAUGAACAGAGUAUUUUAGAUGAAUACAAUGAAAAAAACGUAACACCACCGAAUGCUAAUAAUUUUCAUUGUAUUGAAACAUCAAGGAAAUGCAUAGAAGAGUAUAACAGUAGAGAAGUAGAUAAUUGUAAUAAUAUAGCUGUAACCGAAGAUCAAGAAAUUGUAAAAACUUUUCAAGAAACGAACGAAACCAUAUUCAAAUCGGAACUUUUAAAAAAUCGUCUACUGGAGCUUGAACAAGAGAUUAAUAUAUUUCGUAAAGAAAACGCAGCUUUAACUGUUCAACGAAAAAAAUUACAAGAAGAUCAGAAAACUUUACAUAAAGAAUAUUCAGAAAAGGAAAAAACCUUAGAAGAAAGUAUAAAACAAGCAGAAGAUCGUUUACAAGAAGAUAGAAGAAAACUAAUUCGUGAAAAAGCUGCAUUGGAAAAUAGAAUGCGGGAUGCACAAGGGAAAGCUCAACAAAGUAAAUUAGAGAGACAAGAGAUACAAAAUUUGAGACAAGAAUUAGAAAAAUUAAAGGAUGAAGUAUGUAUAAAAGAAAGAAGAUGGACUGCUGCACAAUCCAGACACAAGUGUCAAGUGAGAAUAUUAAAAAUGGAAAAUUUAACGUUGAAACAAGAAAUUGAGAGACUACAAAAUUUGAAGAAAGGUAAUGUUAGAAAUAAAGGAAAACCCGGAACUUUUUCAAACGCUAAGGCAAUACAUCAGAUUAAUAAAAAGCUUAAUGUAGAGUUUAAAGAAAGUAACAAUACUAACAAUAAUUCACCAGAUGAUAGUGAUCAUAAGUUGAUAAAAUCAAUGAUGAAUGCAACUGGUAUGAUUGAUACUCAAAGUAUAGAUGAUUGUUAUGAAACCGACAUAAAUGAAAAAUUACAGAAAUAUCAAUCAGGUAUGGUAAAUGUUGCUAAAAAACGUAAUUUAUAUAAAAAUCUAAUUAAAGAAGCUACGUUUGAUUUAACAGCCGUUCAAGAACAACCUUGUACUUCAGAAAAUGUAACUGAGCCUAUAUCUGAUUUAAGUAAUAAGUUAAAAAAUAUAAAUAGUAUAGAUAAUGGUUCUGAAAAAUCAAAUAUAUACAUUGAUGUUCCACCUUCUAAUGAUACCAACACGAAUAGCAAUAUUCAAUCACUUGUACAAAAUGAAAAUGCACAUUUCGUAUCUCCUACUACAAUGUCUCAUGAAGAUCACAAUCAAAAGUCAACAUCAUCUGAUGAAAUAUUAUCAAGUGGAUAUGUGACAAAUAUAUCUUCCCAAAGUAGUUCUAAUAUUGAUAAACAAGGUGUAAGACAGAUUCAACAUCCUGAUGGACGUAUUGAAUAUUGGUAUCCAAAUGGAAAUGUUAAAAAAGUCCUUCCUGAUCAAGGUUUAACAAAGUUGAUAUAUUACAAUGGAGAUGUUCGUGAAACUAAUAAAAAUGGACAAGUAAAGUAUUACUAUGCAUCGACUCGUACGUGGCAUACAACAAUGCCGGAUGGCUUAGAGAUUUUAGAAUUUGCCGAUGGUCAAGUAGAGAAACGAUUGCAUAGUGGUACAGUAGAAGUAUCGUUUCCAGAUGGUUCAGUUCGAAUUUUAGAAUCAGAUGGUACAGAAAACUGGACGUUACCGAAUGGGACAUUAAUUCAAACUUUUACUAAUGGAGAAAAAAUUCUUACGUUACCAAAUGGACAACGAGAAAUACAUACUAAAGCUCAUAAGAGACGAGAAUAUCCUGAUGGUACUGUUAAACUCAUCUAUCCUGAUGGUAUUCAAGAAACACGGUAUUCAAAUGGUAGAAUACGCCUUAAAGAUAAAGAUGGUAAUCUUUUACAGGAUUCAUAUCAAUAAGAAUUGCAAACGUUGUCCUAGAUACAUGAUUAAAAGUAAUUCAUUAAAGAUAAUAGAAUUCUAUUUAACAUUGUGUAUAUGGUAUAUAAAUGUAUUUUAAGUAAUAGUCAUCAAUAAAUUAAGAUGGUUUGGUCAAAAAUGAUAACAGUUCAGAUCGUCGCAUAGCUUUGAAAAGUUAAAAUUUUGAAAAUUGUAUAUAUAAAAUCACGUGACUUGCGACAAGAGUUGAUUGGUUCGCUGAGUUUUCGGCCAGGAGCGUGUCGUAUGUUCGAUGCAUAAGUAUAUUGUUAUCUGUUUCACUCGAGUUAACUUUUUUAUACAUUUUCUCUAGUCUUAUUUCUUAUCUAUUUAUGUACAAUCGUCCUUCCGU